CACAGGACUUUCCAGAAUCAGACCAGACAUCUCUGAAAAGUUCAGCUGCAUCAACUGACGAAAAUCAAGACAUGAAGCCGGUCCCCCUCCUGCUGCUCCUCUCCUCGGUCCUCCUCUCGUCACACCUCCGCCCCGCCGCCGGCAGACCGCGCUCUCUCCCCGGCUGGCUGGAUGGCACCAGCCGCCUCCAGACACAGCAGGUGGACGAUGUUCUUCUCAGGGCGGCCACGGAAGGCGCCGCCUCGGAUCUGGUGGGCGACCACCUGCUGCGGCUGCUCCAGCGGAGGGACCCGGACCGCCUCCACCUGCUGCUGCCGGAAGUUGACGGCGAGGAGGCGGAAGAGGACGAGGCGCUGAGGACCGCGGAGCAGCUGCUGAAGCGCAGCGAGGAGCCGCCGCUCUCCAUCGACCUGACCUUCCACCUGCUGAGGAAUAUGAUCCAAAUUGCCAAGAUGGAGAGUCAGCGGGAGCAGGCUCAGCUCAACCGCAAGGUGCUCGACGAGGUGGGAAAGUGAAGCUUCCCGGGGAUUCCUCCAUGGCAGAAUCCAAAACCUCUGAGAUGAUGCGCCUGCCUUCCCCACUGGCAACAUUUUACGCACACAUGGUGCCAUUUUACGCAUGUGUUUUUUGUUUUUAUUCAAGAACAGUGACGGAAAACACUGAACAGGACUUCUCAGACCCCCUCAUUCCCAUCAGUCCCGCUAAACUGAACUGUAGUGGAUCUGCUUGUGACGUGGAAACCCUCCGACGUCCUUCUGUUUGUUUUCAAUGUUGUCAUUUGGAAAUCAGCUGUUCUUUAAUCCGUGCCUGAAACAAACAGCGGAUUGAUAAAUGAGAGUGUGAUUGGUACCAGAAAUAAUUGCAAGACAGACAAGAACAGUUCUUAUUUUCUGUCCAAACAAAAUGUCUGGAAAGAUGAACAUUCCAGAAAAUGACUAAAUAAAAUUAAGAAACAUAAAUACUUUUAACUCAUUUAAGUGAAACCACUUCUGAUUAGGGAUGAAACUAUUAAUUGUGUUGAAACUUUUAUUGAAAUAAUCAUCAACUGAUCGAUUAAUCAUUAAUUGGAGUAGACUAUUUGCUUAAACAGCAACAUAUUCAGAGCAGUAAUCAAGACAAAACUGCAUAAAAUAUAAAUAAAUUUUGAUUUAAAGGUGAAACAAUUUCUGUCUGCAAAUAUGUUUCUACCAAAACCCCUCAAGUGGCCCCUAUCAACUUCACCCAAAUCAAAUUCACUAAAGGAACUUACUGCAUUUUAGGGAAUAAAAUUUAAAAAAUAAAUGUCAUUACUUGCAUCGCUUGGUGUAUUUCUAAUAUAUAAAAAAGUUUUAAGUUGUUAAAUGAAAAAUCUAUAGAAUGUGACAAUUUUUUAUCCAAUUAAUUGACUAAUUGUCAGAAUAAUCUUUUACUACUUACAGUUUGCUUUCUGUCUUCAGAAGUGUGGAAUAAUUUCUCUGAACAAAGAAAGGAAUCUGUUUGUGUUCUGGAGCAAAUAUAAUCUUUGAUUGAUGUUCUGUUAUGACUUUCCUUCAGAUUAAGACAUUUUCAUUUCCGCUCAUCUUGUCUUUAAGUUUUGGUUUCUACCUGAGCAGGAUCACACUCACCUGUACAUUAUAAACUGUAGCAGAAAAAAAAAAAAAAAAAAAAGCUUAGUUCCUGUCUGUCACAUCUGUCUUUGUUUUAGCAGCACAGUUUUAAAAGCUUUUUGUCAUUUAUAUUUUGUAAUAAAAAAGAUUACAGUAAAAAUUGUGUGUUUUCACUUCUCUUGUAAAUAUAAGUUUAUUUUUGUCAUUUUGUUGUUUUUUUUAAACUGCAGCAUUGUGAAGGUCAGAAAUAUCAUCUUAAAACUGUAAGAACUGCAGAUUAAACCAAAUAUUUAAAUCACUUUAAUUUAAAAUAAUUUUCUUUAAUAUUCUGCAGCCAUGAUGGAGAAUACUUUAUGACAGCGGGGUCAAACUUAUUUUCAGCUGAAUGUAUUGAUGAAACCCAAUAAAUGCUAAAUUUGCUCUAUUAUUAAAUUUUAACAAGUUUUCACAUCUUUUUGCGUUUGUCCAAUACAAAACUAUAAAAAUGGACAAAAUAAUAUUUAACCAUUGUUAUUUCAACUUUAAAUGUAUUUUCAGUUCAUUUUUCAUUCAUUUUCAAAGCAAUACUCUGAAUCUAACUUCAACUCAAUUCAUACCAUAGUCCUAAACCUAAUCACUAACCCAAAAACAAAAGUUAUUUUUUCUUUUUACUGCGGCUUUGGGCCCCAUAAAGAGCAAUCAGUCCUCACAGUUUAAGUAUUAGUUGGAAAAUUUGACCUUAUAAGCUGAGAAAUGCAAAA